CAUUUCACAACACUGGCCACUUGCACGUGCGACAUCGACUUGUUUUGUUUUGAAAUGGAAGUUUUUAAUAAUCGUCCCGGAUUCUGUCCGUCCUGCGGAUCUAUCCUGCCACCACUGCAAGUCAAAGGAAACGUAUUUUGUUAUAACUGUAAACAAGAGUUCUCCCCAGAUGUUUACAUAGGGGAGACAUCCGAAUAUACAAUACACUUCAAUAGCUUCGAUCCCAGCAAAAUUUCCAAAAAAAUUACUCAAAAGUCCGAAGAAACAGAAGCAGAUGGCCCUGUUGUAGAGCGCAAGUGCCCCAAAUGUGGCAAUGACAAAAUGUCCUAUGCCACAUUACAGCUGCGCUCGGCGGACGAAGGUCAAACUGUGUUCUUCACGUGUCUGAAGUGCAAAUACAAGGAAUCAGAGAACUCCUAAAUGCAUAAACUUAGCUGUUAGUCAACUAAUUGUGUAAAUACAUAUAACUUAUAUUAGUCAAAAUAA